AUGGUCGAAACUUCUCGGCACCACGCUCUGGAGGUGGUCGAGAAUUGGUCUCAAUGGAUGAAAGAGAAGCCAUAUUUCGAAAGUGCGCAGGAGAAGUGGAAACUCAGAGAUCAAGACGAAACGACAAUGCUAAACCUAGCCAAAGCUCUGCCCAGGCUGCCGAUCACCACCGACGUGUUGCGCCAUCAAGUCUGGGGUAAAAUGCAACUCGAAAUCUCGAGACCAAAAUUACUUGGAAUGGAAGAUGUUCUGACCGGAUCGAAUGUUGCCAUCGUGGAGUUGCAGGGCGCUGAGCUGAACAGUCUUCGAGAUCAAAAUGUAUGA